AUGUUGCAAGGAAGGUUUCCUGGUCAGAAGAAGGCGAGGUCACCGGCGGGUCCAUCCACAACCCCAAGAACACCAACGCCGGCGGCUACUUCAACACCGUCAACAACAGCGAGGUCACCGGUGGGUCCGCCCACAACCCAAAGAACACCAACGCCGGUGACUACCUCAAGACCGUCAUCAAUAACAGUGGCUCUGCUGGUGGCCUCAACAGCGUCACCAAGUGUGGCUACACCUACGGCCUCAAGAUCAUCAGUAAGGAUGGCUUCCUCCACCGCAUCAAGAACGUCAGCAAUGGCAGUUCAGCCCGCGGGCUCAAGAAUAUCAGCAACGUCGGCUCAACCCGCUACCCCAAGAACGACAACAACAACAAAUCUGCACGUGAUCUCAAGAACGUCAACAGCGGCAAAUCGGUACGUGACCUCAACGACAACAACAUCAAAUACAAAUGCGACCUCAAGAACGUCAACAAGGGCAAAUAUAUAUCCGACUUCAAGAACGUCAGCGGCAUCAGCGAUGGUGGCUCCUUCUACGACCUCAAGGAUGUCAACAAGAGUCACUCCAUCCGCAAGCAUAAGAACGUCAACAGGAGCAACGGUGGCAUCAAACCGGUCGACGAGACUGCAGCCAGGUGCGUCAACCUCAAGAACGGUUAGGACGACGGCCCCGCCCUUAUCUGCAAUGACAAGUCAUAGUCGUGCUGCUCCCACACGUCCAACUGCUUCGAGCACGCGCUGA